AUGGAGGAUAUUUAAUUGAUUGUCAGGAGAAUUAAACGAUCAGGGGAACCUCGUUUAAAUCUAUCUGCCAAAUAAAUGAUAAGCAUCCCACCUGAGAUUUACUAAUUGAAACUUGUUCAUUUAGAUCUGAGCUACAAUAAGAUUACAUCUAUUGAACCUAGAAUAUUUUAAUUGACAACUUUAUAAGAAUUAGAUUUAAGCAAUAAUUGUAUCGAAUAAAUACCUGAAGAACUUUUAAACAUGCCAAACUUGUAGAGCUUAAACUUAAGCAAUAAUCCUCUAAUUUCUAAAUUUUAAACAUUAAAUGGGCAUUUUCAUUAACCCUAAUUAAACUAGAUUUUACAAAAGCUGUUUCAAAUAAGUCCAGGAUCUAAUCAGCAAUAAAAAUAGGAACAGCAAAUCGUUCCAGAAAGACCAAAAACAUAAAGCAGAGCAAUUCGAUAAAUUUAAGAAUUGUAACAUACCAACCAUGUUUUGGAAGUGGAUUCAAAUGAAUUUGAAGUUCAAGAAAUCAUUUCUUAAGGUGGUUUUUCAAUUGUGCAUCGUGGAUAUUUUAGAGGUACUGAAAUUGCAAUAAAAAAGAUCUUUAAUCCAAAUAUUACUUAACAAUUAUUAGAUGAAAUCAAUAACGAAAUCGAAAUGCUCUCUUUAUUAAGGCAUCCAAAUAUAGUUUUAUUAAUGGCAUGUUGUACAAAACCACCUAAUUUGGUGAUAGCAACUGAAUUUAUUCAAGGAGGAAGUUUGUAUCAUCUAUUGCAUAAGACCAAUCAUUAAAUUUCAGAUCAAUUCAAAUAUACUAUCGCCAUCUAAAUUGCCAGAACUUUGCAAUAUAUGCAUUAAGCUGGUGUUGUACACAGAGACAUCAAAUCACACAACAUUUUACUUUAAGGAUAGACAGUGAAAUUGUGUGAUUUUGGUUUAACAAAGAGAUGUUCUGAGUUAAAUUAGGGUUAUUAAUAAUUUAGUGGGACUCCAACAUACAUGGCUCCAGAGUUAUUUGCUAAACGAGCUUAUGACAAAGGAGUAGAUCUGUUUGCUUAUGGAACAUUGUUAUGGGAAAUAUUCGCAAGAGAGGUGCCUUGGGAUUGUUUGGAGAUGCAAGAGAUUGUUUAGAAGACGAUGAAGAAUGAGUAAUUACCUGCUAGGAAUGUGCCAAAGAAUAUUAUGCAAUUAGUGAAUGAAUUGAGGAGCAAGGAGGAAACGAAGAGACCUUCAAUGGAUGUUGUUGUUAAAUAAUUAUUAAGUAGAUGA